AUGCCCAGCUUCAAUGAGCCUGUUACUCAGCAAAGUGGUGCAAGACAAGCAGUUCUUUGCAUUCCUCAAUUAAGUGAGAUCUCUAUCGCGCAGUAUUGCGUCCGAAGGACGCUGAAGCCUGCUGACAGCGAAUUGCUUCUGACGUACCUCACGGCUCCUUACAUUCGGGUGCCUUUGCUCUUGGGCUUCUUUGCUGACCGCGAGCGAGUUUCCCUCUUACGCGAGCCACUUCUGCAGGCAGUGCUUGACGCUGCCCUUUUCGAGCCGGGACAAUGGCAAAGUAAAGAGGCCGCUGCAACAGGGCCACCGCAAUCGGUACCGGCUCCGGACCGCUCUCACCUCGCCACACCGGCAGGGCUUCUUUUCAACGAGCUGCUGCGGUCCCCUCGCGUGUUGCUGGACACGAUCCGGUUGCUUCUGGAUGUUGCGGUGGAGAAGGACCCGGGACACCCUGGCAGUGCUAACGAGGUCACCCAGUCAGGCUACGCUUGGAGGUUUUUCAAAGCGUAUCAACUGCAGGGGCUCAUCCUGUACUUAGUCCGUCUCGCUGUCCGCGGCUGCCCCAAUUCAGGGACAAUCUGUCUGCCAAUUCUGCCGUUGACAUUCUCCCGAAAGCAUGCAGGUGUUCAGUCGUACUUGCUUUUCCUCGUGAACCAUGCGAGGACGUCCCUGUCAUUGUUGGUGUAUGUCUCAUCACGUGAGCAUGGACAGGCACGCACGCUUGCGAAACACCUUGUCUUAUUUGAGCAGUAUAUCUUUGUUGCAGUCUGGGUGACAGGGUCUUGCCAUGAGGCUUCAAGCAAAAAUAUGAACGGACACUGUUGCUGGAAUUUAUUUGUGCAUGGCGAAGGCGCAGUGGAGUUCGCGCAGUCUGCCGGCACCAAAUUUGCAUUUUUAAAGUCAAGGCGGUCAGGCAAAAUGACAUGUUCUGGAAGGACAUGGACAGCGGAAGAUCUUCAAAUGGAGUCAAGAACUAACAAAGCAGGUCCACUCAGUAUGGGCAAACAACCGGCGCAGUCCUAUGACCUCACGGUCUGCAACUUGAUUGUUGCAGCACUGAAAAUGGGCGAAAGAGUAAAGCCCAAAGUGUGCUCGUCAGCUGUCGCUGCCAGCUUUCGUUGCCUCUUCGUGCUCCACGCUGCGUCCUUCCUGCGGUGCUUUGUGUCCAUGCAUGCCAAGACGAGCAGAUGA